UCGUAGCAGUAGACAUUAAGCAUCCCAAAGCGUAGGACAAAAAUUCCUCAAUCUGUUCUUCCUUCUUUUUUCUUCCAUCCCAAGUUACACCUCCGUUAUUUGUUUUUUCCCCCAUUGAAUCUCCACUCAUCUUCUAUAAGAACCAUUACAAUCCGAUUCCAUGUUCAAAUACUGCCCUAAUUUCUUCCACAAUCAUGGCUCCCAAAUCUCCCCUUCCCAAUCUCUUCUUCUUCCUCCUACUCAUAUUUUCUGCAUUCUCCGCCGCUAUUGCUUCCGGAAAACUCCGCUCUCGCCGCCCUUGCCGCCGUCUGGUGUUCUAUUUCCACGAUAUCCUCUACAACGGCGAAAACGCUGCGAACGCAACCGCCGCCAUUGUCGGGGCUCCGGCUUGGGGAAAUACGACGGUUCUUACAGGAAUGAACCACUUCGGCGAUGUGGUGGUGUUUGACGACCCGAUUACUGUCGAUAACGAUCUGCACGGGACUCCAGUGGGACGGGCUCAGGGAUUCUACAUUUACGAUAAGAAGGAAAUCUUCACGGCGUGGCUUGGAUUCUCGUUUGUGUUCAACUCGACGGAACACAGAGGGAGCUUGAACUUCGCUGGCGCUGAUCCGUUGAUGAAUAAGACGAGAGAUGUUUCGGUGAUCGGUGGGACGGGGGAUUUCUUCAUGGCGAGAGGGAUUGCGACUCUGUCCACGGAUUCGUUUGAAGGGGAAGUUUAUUUUAGGCUUCGGGCGGAUAUUAAACUGUAUGAAUGUUGGUGAUUUUUGGGCUUUUGUUUUUUCCCUCUCCCGUUUUCGUUUGUUCGAAUUCAAAUCUGAUGCAUUUGAUUUUA